AUUCAUAAAGAACGAGUCGAAGACGCAUUCCUAUUUAUUUUCCUCUGAUAACAAACUGGCACAGAAACCCGAAAUAAGAAUAGUAUUCAGAAACACAUACAGAUUUCGUACUGUAGAAAUUUACAGUAAUUUUGCGGAUUCAACAAUGAAAGUUACCUUUCCACAUAAAAUGGAAUGCGAACUAAAACCAAACACAAAUAGAACAAUUUGUAUCGGUGACGUAGAGAAUUCUUAUUUGUAUAUUGAUGGGAAAGCUGGAGUUUAUCGUAUUAAGUUAUUUGGAUGUCCACCACAAUUGUAUGGUAAAUACUGUAUCAAUGAAUGUCAUUGUUCUGGAGCGGAAUCAUGUCACCAAAUUACUGGAAAGUGUGAAGGUGGCUGCGAAGAUGGAUGGUAUGGAGAGAAGUGUGCCAAGCAAACAUAUGUUAAUAUUGCUCAAGGUCAACUACAAGCAAACAAGUAUAUAUGGAAUAAAAGGAACUACAGUCUUCCAUAAUGGAACUUGUGAAAAAAUGAAUAUAUCGAUGGCAUCCGACAAAGCAGUUGACGGAAAUUUUGAUCCUGGAAUUACGCAUAAAUCAUGUGCAAGUACUGACUGGGAAAAAUAUCCAUAUUGGCAAGUGAUGUUUGAUAAACCAUACACGAUAUCCCAACUGAGAAUAUAUAAUCGAAUGGGAAAUAAUCGUAAGAGGCUAUAUGGAUUUAAAGUUUCUGUUGGAUCAUCACUUUGUUUUCAAAGUCAAGGUUAUGAAUACGAUAAAGAUGUAAUUCAUAUUAAAUGUAGCAAACAACUCACUGCAAAUUCUGUCAGGAUAUCGUUAGAUGGAGAUCGGAGAAUGCUUACUCUUUGUGAAGUGGAAGUGUUACAAUGUGUUCCUGGAUUCUAUGGAGAGAUGUGUAAGAAACGUUGUGAACUCUGUGAAGGCUCUGAAUGUGAUCAAGUCACGGGACGAUGUGAGAAAGGUUGCAUCAUAGGAUAUUACGUGCCCUAUGGUUCCCAGAAGUGCACAGAAUGUAUCAGCGGUAAUUUUGGUCGCAAUUGCACAAAGUCCUGCCAUUGUUCCCUAACAUGUAACCACAUAAAUGGAUCGUGUCCAGGUGACUGUCAUGCAGGAUACACCGGAUCCAACUGCCAAGAAGAAUGUAAAGAUGGUAGAUUUGGUAGCAAUUGUAGAGGGACAUGUCAUUGUAUAAACAACAAAAAGUGCGACAGAAGAAAUGGAACAUGCUCAGAUGGAUGUUCUGCUGGAUAUAGAGGCACCUUUUGUCAACAAAAAUGUCUCAGCGGCAGAUUUGGUCCCGAAUGUACAAAGUUCUGUCAUUGUUCCGAAACAUGUAACCACAUAAAUGGAUUAUGUCCAGGAGUGUGUGAAGCAGGAUACACCGGGUACAACUGCCAAAAAGAAUGUGAAGUUGGUAGAUUUGGUAGCAAUUGUACAGGAACAUGUCAUUGUAUAAACAACAAAAAGUGCGACAGAAUAACUGGAAAAUGCUCAGAUGGAUGUUCUGCUGGAUAUACAGGAUCCUUUUGUCAAAAAAAAUGUCCCAAUGGUAGCUUUGGUCACAAUUGCAAUGAGUCCUGUCAUUGUUCCGUAGCAUGUAACCGCAUAAACGGAUCGUGCCCAGGUGAAUGCGAUAAUGGAUACACCGGAUUCAAAUGCCAAAAAGAAUGUGAAGUUGGUAGAUUUGGGCGAAAUUGUAAACGAACAUGUCAUUGUAUCGACAACGAAAGCUGCAACAGAGUAAAUGGAUCAUGUGAAGGUGGAUGUUCUGAUGGAUAUUUAGGCUUCGAUUGUCAAGAAGAAUGUCCCAAUGGUAGCCUUGGUCACAAUUGCAAUGAGUCCUGUCAUUGUUCCGUAGCAUGUAACCGCAUAAACGGAUCGUGCCCAGGUGAAUGCGAUAAUGGAUACACCGGAUUCAAAUGCCAAAAAGAAUGUUCCAGUGGUAGCUUUGGUCACAGUUGCAUAAAGGAUUGUCAUUGUUCCCUAACAUGUGACCACGUACAUGGAUCAUGUCCAGGUGAUUGUGAUGCAGGAUACAGCGGAUCCAGCUGUCAAGAAGAAUGUGAAGGAGAUAAAUUUGGUGUAAAUUGUAUAGAUAUAUGUCACUGUGUUGACAACAAAAAGUGCGACAGACGAAAUGGAACAUGUCCAAAUGGGUGUGCUGCUGGAUAUGAAGGUGAUAAUUGUCAACAAGAGUGUUCCAAUGAUAGAUUUGGUCUUGGAUGCAAUGUGUCAUGUCGUUGUUCUGAAAAGUGUAACAACAUUAACGGCUCCUGUCCAGGUACAUGUGAUGAAGGAUACCACGGAUUCAACUGCCAAAAAGAGAAAUCAGCCCAAAGUAUCCUGGUGUUUGUGUUAGUUCCAUUGCUCUUGUUCAUAUUACUAAUCAUAGGACUGGUGACUGCAAUUUGGUAUUGGAAAUUUAGGGGUAAAAGACCAAUUGCAAAACGUGACCAGAAAAUACGCAAAAUACCGGAGAAUAAGUAUGCAGGAGCCAUUCCUGAAGAUACAGCACAUCUCUGUGAAGAAAUCCAGCUGAACGAAACCGAAAGUAUAUACGUGAACAUUGCCAACACUUCGUUCAAGUCAAAUCUGCAGAAAUACGUCUCUGAGAAGAAACAAGAAGUGGAGCCGUUUAAUGAUGAGUUCUUGAGACUGCCAAAGACCUUACCACUGCCUUAUACUGAAGCAACAAAACCUGAGAAUACAAAGAAGAAUCGCUAUAAAACGAUACUGCCUUACGACCAUUCACGUGUUAGGCUUCAACCUGACGAGAUAUCUUCCUCAGAUUACAUCAAUGCAAACUUCAUCAGUAACCAGCGUUAUAUCGCUUGUCAAGGUCCUACACAAAAUACGGUGACGGACUUCUGGAGGAUGGUCUGGCAAUUGAAAUGCAACACUAUAGUCAUGUUAACUGACAUUGUGGAGAAUGGAAAGAUGAAGUGUAUUCAGUAUUGGCCAGAUGAAGAGAGUAUUGAGUCAUUUGGCACCAUCAAAGUUACACAUAUAAACACUAGAUCUCAUGCAACGUAUAUACACCGAAGUUUUACUAUUUCGAAGUCAGGUGGUCAUCAGAAUGAAAGAUGGACUAUCGAUCAUUUCUUCUUCAGUAAAUGGCCAGAUCAUGGCAUUCCACAAUACACAGAAGAUAUAUUAGAAUUCAGAAAUACCGUAAGGUUCAGAGAGGGAACAACAUCAUCAUUAGUCGUACAUUGCAGUGCUGGUGUCGGUCGUACCGGAACUUACAUUUGCAUUGACAUUCUUCUCAAUGAAAUGUUGAGUGGUGAAGCUAUUGAUGUAUUGGCAUGUGUUACGAAGCUUCGGGAGGAGAGGAUGCAUAUGGUCCAGAAAAGGAUACAACUGGAGUUUAUAUAUGAUGUUUUAGUCGAGAACAUUCUCACCGGAGAUUAUGACAUAGAUGUGAAUAAUAUACCAAGGGAAUUCUCUAGAAUAACGGAAACAGACCAUUCAACAAGGGUAUCGAUUUUAGAGCAUCAGUUUCAGGACGUAAUAAAACAAGUCGAAGUGCGUGACACGAACUUAGCAUUAAAAGAGGGUGAAAUCGAAGGAGAAUAUGCGAAUUUGAAUAUGAGCGGUGUGUUCAUUGAUGGUUCUUCUUGCGAAAAAGAAUUUCUUCUGACAAAAUCUCCAAAAAGAAACGGUGCUCUGGAGUUUUUGAUGUGUAUGCGCAAAAGAGGUUACCUGAAUAUCGUAGCAUUUGAUUCAAGCGAGGAAACACCUACUUACUUGCCUAGGACAUUAAAUGAAACUGUUAAAAUUGGGCCAUAUCUCCUGGAACUAAUAAAUGUUGAAGACAAAGACGUUUGCAUACAUAGCGUUUUGAAGGUUGAAUGUGAUAACAAGUCGAGGAUCGAAGAAUUUGAGAUCAAUCAUUUCCAAGUCACCAUAUGGGCGGACGGAAAUUAUCCAUCAUCUGCAGAGAUUUUAAAACUAAGUGAUAUUCUCAGCGCUCAUCAAAAUGAGCAGUUCAAUAAAAAAAUUGCUGUGCAUUGUAGUGACAAGUUUCAUAAAAGUGGUUUGCUGUGCAUCAUUCACAUUUUAAAAGAUGCAAUAACCAGUCAGUCAGUAAUCAACAUAGUACGGUUAGUUCGACUGAUCAAGAAAAUAGAACCAAAUAUUAUACCUGACUGUGAAUCCUACGCCUUCAUUUGGAAAGUUGCAGAAUAUAUACAGAACGAAUCGUCUCUAUACUCCAAUUUUGUACAGUGAUGUGUAAAGAGUGAAUCUUUUAGAGAACCUCCAUUAUGCAAAACAAUUACUUGUUUGUUGAAUAAAGAAAACAAAAGCCUCGCGGGAAUUCUUUGUAUCUCUCAAAGGAAAAGGAAAACCAUUUCAAGAAAAUAAGAAUUCGUCUCUCAAAAUUAAUUUACAUGCUACGAGGCAGGCGUCAUCUUUGUUUACACAUAUAGGCCAACUAUGAGCAUAAUUUGGAAAAAAUACCUUAUACUUAUUACAGUGACCAAAAUUAAUUCGGAACACUUUUUCUUCCCGAAAUGUCAAUGUUAAUUCGUCAGGAAGCCUUAGAAAGGAUGCGCCAAAUUUAUGGUUUUCAACAAACGAAAAUAUGGCUCACCUUGCUUAUAAAUAAAUGAUUGAGGUUUUUCUUUCCUACACAAGUCAAUUAACUAUGAAAUGUUAAUAUUGAUAUCUUGGAAUUAUUACAACUUUUUUUUGAGUCUUGGCCGCAAUUGGCGCUAAAUUCAUUUUUAUUGUCUCUGACUAAGAUUAAUCACUAAUUUUUUUCUAUUGUGUGUAUACAGCAUUAAGUUAUCCAAAUUAAUGUAAUUUAAUCUUUUGAGUCAUUGCUCUUAUUCACAUUUUUCUUAAUUAUAUAUCUUACAGUAUUUUACGUGCUGAUUUAUUACAAUCAGUCUCCUUUGCUCCUCUCUCCAUUUUCAAUAUUUUGUCUAUAUAUUUCUCACUUUUUUAUCGUUUCUUAUAUUAAAUCAACCCACUUGAUAUCCUAUAUUUUAAUAUUAUAUAACGUUUGACAUUCCUACAAUUUCGAGAGGUAACGUUCAGCUACUUCGAAACAGCGACAAUGUUUUAAUACAAACCAAUUCACGUAACACAGUUAUCCUCUCAAUUGAUACACCACCGCUUCAUUUACUAUUUCUCCUGUCUCUAUACAUACAAGGUUGGUAACUUCUUUCAUAUAAUGUUGCUGCCAUUUCAGUUAAUAGUAUCCUUCAGUUCAAAGAUAACUGGAGUCUUCCUAAUUCACAUACAAUGGUGCCAUGAUUACUGAAAUAUGUUGUCUCUCAUCUCAAUAAGUAUACAAUUGUUGCCCUUUCUAUCCAUAUACCGUUGAUAUCCAUCGCAUUUAUACAAAGUGUGUAUCCUCGCCGAUCAGAAACAUAUCCCAUACGUUCUUCACAAGUCAUAUACUGACGCUUUCCUCUCAGAUCAUACACUUGAAAUGUUUCUGUCUUUAGUGUUAAUGAUCUCUCCAUUCAUCCAUAACUCUUGCUUUCUCGAUUCAUAGACAUGCAGUUGGUGUCAAUAUCGUUGCUUCGAUCAACAAAAUAUUGACCUGUAAUAUUUUAAUUCAUCCACAUUUUGCUUGGUGCUCAGUCAAAAAAAUCCUCCUAUUAUAUUUAUAUAAAUAAUCGAAUCUGUGACGAACAACAGAUGCUUAUAUAUAUGCAUAAAUCAAUAUAAUCUUGUAAUGUCUUGUGUAAUCUGUAUAAAUGAAGCUAUGAUUAUAAACUCUGGCCAGUCAUGCGAAUUAAUAA